AACCCGGCCGGCCGGCAGUUUCCCCUGCGCGUGUUGCGCUCCCGUCGCCUCUGUGUGGUGCUGGACGGGAUGGAUCAAAGUUUUUGCUCCACCGAUUUCCCGACGCAUGAGUGAGCUUUGUGUCUGUGCGUGGAGCUCACAGACCCCACAGGUCGGUGACCCGUGGCUAUGUGUUUGCGUUUGGGCGCACGGCGGCGGGACAUCCGAAGCGGAGAACCCGCGCGCACCCCGAGCGCACCGACGCGCCAUGGACUUAAGAAGACAAAAUAUGGAAGGUUUAUGAACUGCAGGGUCCCGGCCAGUAGGCGUUACCAGCCCACUGAAUACGAACAUGCGGCUAACUGUGCCACACACGGGUUCUGGAUCCUCCCGAGUCUGGUGGGCGGGUCUGUGCUUUACUUCCUGUCUGUGGACCAAUGGCAUUGUGUCGCCGCGUGGCUCUAUGGGAUUGGCCUCACUGGACUAUUUGUCACCUCAACACUCUUCCACACUGCCACGUGGAAAAUCAGCCACCUCCGAAAGGUGGAGCAGAGUUUCCACAUGUGUGACAGAAUGGCCAUUUACUUCUUCAUUGCUUCAUCCUACUCUCCCUGGUUGAUGCUGAGGGAACUAGGGCCGUGGGCGAGUCACAUGCGCUGGCUGAUCUGGGUCAUGGCAUGUGUUGGAUCCAUGUAUGUCUUCUUUUACCACGAGAGGUAUAAGCUGGUGGAGCUGCUGGGCUACAUGACCAUGGGCGCUGUGCCUGCACUGGCUAUUCUCUCUAUGGUGGAACGUACAGGUGUGUGUGAGCUGGCAGUCGGAGGGGUCUUCUACAUGGUGGGCGUGGUCUUCUUCAAGAGUGAUGGCCUCGUCCCAUUUGCUCAUGCUAUCUGGCAUCUUUUCGUUGCAUUUGGAGCAGGAAUUCAUUAUUACGCCAUAUGGAGGUAUCUGUACCUCCCGGGGCCACUGCUGCAGACAUCAAGGUGACUAACCGCUGUCACACAGAUCCACACUUGGUAUCUGACACCACUCAGAAACGUCUGCAGGAGAUGAUCACCAGUUAACUGACUGUCCGAGUUGAAUAUUGAAUAAUGAGCUGGUUUGACGAUGGCAGAUCUGGAUCGAAUGAAACCUAAAAUCCUGAGACCAACCACUGUCUGACUGGACCAAAUGUACACUGACUGAUAAUUCUACAGAGAUAGAACCACAAAUAUGCAAAAUAGGAUUCUGAAUUGGUUGUAAAAGAGGCUUACUAUCAUUAAGCGUUUCAAACUUCAACAAAUAAAUCACAUUUAAAGGGGUCAUGUUGUGAACAAUCGUAAUCUACUGUUUAAUAGUGGAAUAGCUAAGAUUUCAUGUUAGAUGAUCCUAAAGUUCUGUCCAAGUGGUCAAACGUAUUCUGUUUACUUUUUGUGCUGGACAUUACUACAGUAUGUCGACAAUCAAAUUCCAGGCUGCUAGUAGCACUGCCCACCUCACACAUUUUUGUAUUUAUUCAUUUAUUUAUAUAUCCUUCAGAGGACCAAACAUGAAUUAAGUCUAAAUAAAGGCACAAAAGUAUAACUACAUGUAUAUAAAUACAAGAAUAAAAAUAUAAAUGUGAUGUGCGUUCAAAGAGUAUCCAACAUUUGGCAGUGAAAAAUACAGUUACUCACCUGGAGGUCUGAAAUCCAAAUCCUCUUUUGAAGCAGUCUCCUUGGGACUGCACAUACUUCUCCCAGCAAUUCUGCCAUUAAUGGAAGUAUUUCUGAAGGUUCUCUUUUGGAAUGGUGUCCAGCUGGGCUGUAGUGUUCUGUAUGAUGUCUUCUCAUGACUCAAACUGAGUCCCUUUUAGUGUUAUUUUGAUGUUGGGGAACAGCCAAAAAUCAGAGGGAGCCAUGUCAUUGGAGUAGGGAACCU